AGAUAGACAGACGCGUCGCGGGCGCGGGAGGCUGCGGGCGGUGCGGGCCCCCCGGCCUCCGCCAUCAAUGGGCGAGCGCGCGCCACCAGCUGCUGCCGCUGCAGCCUGCUCCCGCCGGCGCCGCAGCGCGAGCGGCCCGCUCCGGAGACAGCCUCGCGGCCGGAGUCGCUCACCUAGAUGUGCAGCCUGUCGGCGCUGGCGCGCGGCUGCCGGCCCGCGCCCGCGCCCGCCGCCAAGCCCUGCUGUCUGUGCUGGUGCUGCUGCUGCUCGUGCUCCUGGGCUAAGUGCCUGGCGGCGCGCGGCUCGGAGGGCGGCCCGGGCAAGAAGCCGCGCGAGCCCGGCCCGCAGGACCCGCUGCUCGCCGACGGCGACGCGCCGCCGACACUUGAGGAGAUCCAGAGUUGGGGACAGUCGUUCGACCGACUGAUGCGGAGUGCAGCCGGACGUAAAGUAUUUCGCGACUUCCUACGCGGCGAGUACUCGGAGGAGAACAUUAUGUUCUGGCUGGCGUGCGAGGAACUCAAGCGCGAGACCGAUCCCGACGCUGUCGAGGAGAAGGCGCGCUUCAUCUACGAGGACUACAUCUCCAUCCUGUCGCCCAAAGAGGUGUCACUGGACUCGCGCGUGCGCGAGGUCGUCAACCGCAACAUGGUGGAGCCCACGCCGCACACGUUCGACGAGGCGCAGCUGCAGAUCUACACGCUCAUGCACCGCGACUCGUACCCGCGGUUCGUCAACUCGCCGCUGUACAAGGCCCUCGCGCGCGUCUCCAGCGCCGACGCCGGCUCGCCGCCCUCGGGCUCGGCGCCCGCGCCCGCCGCGCCCGCCGCGCCCCAGUGACCCCGGCGGCGCCGAUGCCGACCGACGAGUGGGACUCUCUUCGAUACUGUUCGGUUCGCGAGCGCGGGCCGAGGUUCACGCCUGCCCGCGCCUAUUUUCUAUUCUGUAUAUAGUCUCGAUAUACGAGUACGUUGGUAAAACGGGUACUAAUUUUGUACAUAGUUAGCGUAAGUGAAAAAGUAGGUGCGCGAGCGGUUCGCCGCCGCGGCAACUUGGCUGGUCCACCUGCGCCCGCGCCGCGCCGGCCCGCAGGCCUACGUCGCACGUGCAGCUCGCACUAUUCUAGUUAGAAGCAAUAAUAAGGUGGACCAAUUAAGUUUGCCGGAGAGUCAACGAAUAAAAUUUGUUUUCAUGUAA